UUUCUGCAGUUUUUGGAGAAAAGUUUUACGCUAGGCAGUGCAAAUUACGGAAAAGUCAUUGUAGGAAACUUUUCGGCUUGUGCGUUCUUGCCUUCGGACAAAGUGGCAGAAACACUAGGCUUCAGUUUCCACGUGAUAAUCGUCAAUCACAGAACGUACUGCCAUUAAUAGGAAGAGCAUCAAAAAUCAAUACCAACCGCGAACUACGGAUUUCUUCCGGUUUUCUACCUCCAGCCGAUGUGAACACACUCAAUUUUUGUCCUGUUCUGUCCCAUCGGCAAGGACAGCAGCAGGAAAAGCUGCAGGUUUUGCUAAACUAUUGAGCGUGAUCGACAUUGGACGGUUGGGUGGAAAAUCGCCAGCACCAAAAUACUUUUACAAUUAUUUGAGCUGUCAUCAGCAAUCGUCGUGUGUUAUAUUGAAUUAGAAAAAAAAUUAGCAAGAGGGUUUAACUCAAGUAAUGGAAGACGCCGUAAGCGCGGCACCGGAAACGGUGACCGAUGGAAUAAUUUCACCUGCUGAAGCGUCGAAUGAGGAUAGUUCUUUUGACGACCAAAACCAACAUCCAUUAUUAAGAGAAUGUCCCAUGGCCAAACGACGGCGUUUGAAUGAAUUUUUUGAGGAUGACGAUUACGAAGAAGAAGAUGACCAAUUUCGAACCAGUAGCCAGAUUGAUGUUAUAGCAAAACAUCGUGAGGGGUUUGGCGAAAGUUUAAAGCAAUUUCAAGUACUGGAUGAAGUUCAGGGCGAUAAUUCCGAUGACGAAGAGAAUGGAGAUAAUUUACAAGACGAUGAUAUUGAUGAUAUUGAUGAUGUUGACGAUAAUAGUGAAGAAGGAUCCGAGUUCGAUUGCGAAGAAAUUGAAAACAUGCUUGAUGAAGGGCUUCCGGAGGACAUGAAAUCAUCUGCCGGGCCUAAAACUAAGGCUUAUGAGGAACGCUUUAAAGAAGUCUUAGAGGAGAAGGGUAGAAAUCAUUUUGAAGUCCUUCCGGAAGGAUGGGUUCAAGCGACGCACAUCAGUGGGAUGCCAUUGUUUUUGCACACAUUAACCCGGGUGUGUACUGCUUCCAGACCGUAUUUCCUAGGCCCAGGGAGUGUUCGGAAACAUGAAGUCCCACUUAGUGCUAUACCUUGUCUAAACUAUCGCAAGGCUUUAGAAAAAGAGGAUAUGCUGCGUAAAGAAAUAGAAGAUAAUGCCGCCGCAGCUGCCGCUGAAGCCGAAAGUAGCAUCGCUCAAGACUCUCAACAGCAGGAGAAACAAAUGCACAAUCUUCAGCUGAGUAAAAUGAUAGCCAGCACGACAACCCCGGCGGAAGCGCAGGCAAACGUUAAACUGCUGCCACUCAAAGUUACUGCCCGUAUAGAAACUGUCAACGAUAACCUCAAAGCCCACUCUCUGACGGCUGAAGCAUUUCAAAGCUACUGCAAGAAGCUUUUUAAAUUUAAAACGAUUCGUGUUAUGCGUUUUAAAUCUUGGGCAGCUCGACGAAAGCUCACUAAGCACAGGAAGCAUUUGAAAAACCUACAAAGGCCUACGUUACCGGACGGAACCAAAUUAAUCACAUUCCCCGUAUUGCACACGGAAAGUGAAAAGACUAAUGUUCACCAACGCCCGAAAAAAGAGUGGAUAAUGAAUCCCAAUGGAAAAAGCUAUGUCUGCAUUCUGCACGAGUACGUACAGCAUGCCCUUCGCAAGCAACCAAGCUAUGACUUCAAAGAGCUGGAGAACGCAGCAACUCCGUACUCCGCAACAGUUUCCAUCAAUGAUCUGAAGUACGGAACAGGCUAUGGAACUAGUAAAAAGCAAGCCAAAAGUGAAGCAGCUCGAGAGACGCUGGAAAUACUUAUUCCUGAUAUGAAGGACAAAAUCACUAGUAAAGAUAACAAAAAAGAACAAAACGGAGCAAGUGCUAUGGAUUUACAACCAGAAGCUCGAAAUCUGUCCGUAUUUGAUGAAAUCAAAAUCGAGGAUCCACGUGUGGCCGAGUUUUGCGCGAAGACAACCGAACCGUCUCCGCACACGAUACUACAGACGUGUCUGCAGAGAAACUUCGGAUUGGGCGAUGUACAGAUUCAGUACGACGUUAAGGCGGGAAAACACCAUAAGAACGAGUUCACCAUGACUGUAGGCAAGCACACGGCAACCGUGAUAUGCAAGAACAAGCGAGACGGCAAACAGAAAGCAUCACAAGCGAUACUGCAGAUCCUUCACCCACACAUUAAAACGUGGGGUUCGCUGCUGCGGCUCUACGGCAAUCACUCGAUCAAGUCUUACAAAGAGAAAAAGCAGGAGGAGCAGGAAAUCACCGUACUCCAAAGCAAAGCUGCCAUCAACCAACCCAACUAUGCCAUUCUUAGCAAGCUAAAACUGGAAAUGUCCAAACUUGAGGAACGCCAAAAAAAUGUGCGCGUCAUUGGAACCUUUGUGCCGGACGUAGAUCUGCCGUUGGCAUCCGGUUCGAACCUAAAAAAUGUCGAUCUCUAAUCUGAACGCCUACUGGCCGGUUAUAAUCACGCUUAACGACGUACUUCAUCCUUACUGUUUCGGAACUAGCACAUUGCCUCGGGUUGUGCGUAGUGAGAGUAAAAGCAUUAUUUCCAGCGGGAGACAGUUUGUGUGGUAAACUAUAGACUUAAGCCGAUAGUGUAUUCACAUCUACAUGGGAGUGGUUGACACUUGGAACGAGAAAUAUAUUUUGUCAUAAAAAAUGCAUGAAAAUUGAAUAAUAGCUGAUGGGAUUAGCAAAACAUCUACACUAAAACAAACAAAAGUAACAGGCAUUACUUUGCCCUCAAACUUUGGCCGUAGUAAUCUUUAACCGAUGAAAAGGUUUUAAUACAUUCUUAGAUAUUAGUUCUAUCGAAAAGAUGUUCUAGUUAUAGACCACCCAGGUAACCAAUAAGCAUUUCCAAUGCAAUUCAAAUGCAAGCCAAUAAGCAUUUAAGUUGCCUUAACUGCUACUUAAAUGCUAUUUUGGCAAAAUAUGCGGCUACUUUACUGCUAGCCCUCUUAUAGUGCUGACAAUGCUUAUUUGCAGCUAGUUACAGCUAGACAAGAAGAAUUUAAAUAGAAUUGUGGAAGCUAAUUUACAACAGUUAUGCAGUCAAAAAGGUGAUAAACAGCAACCUGCAGUAUAAACGCCAGGGAUGCUAAUAAACGAUUGAUUUACUGCGUAUACUAGUGCUCAUUAGUUACCUGGGCAGUCUCUUUUAAAAUUAUGAAUUAUGUAAUAAAAGUUUUUGUUUCAGGUUAGGUACUACAA